AAGGCCACAUCUCGGAGCCCAGGACUAUGGCACAUCGCACAUCAUGGGGCACAUGAGCACACUCCCUGCACAAGCAACUUGCAUACUGACGGGGCACACUGACUGACAGAAAUCCAUGGGGCACAUGGGCACUCCCAAGACACACGCUGUCUCACCCCAUGCACCACACAGCCCCAGAGGUUAGACUUUGGCCCUUACUGAGAACACAUGCAUGUACACACACAGACACUUCUUUCUGACAUGGCAGAUGCACUCAGCAUCUGCAGGUUGUGGAUACACAGGGCCUGAAUACAUGUUGGCAGGGCCACCCUGCAGACAUCUAGCGGGCACGCAUGAAGCGAGUCCUGGGACUCACAGACGGUAUUCACAAUCUGGGCACUGUGCGCUGGGAGCUGGCUCUCUGCCUCCUGUUCGCCUGGGUCAUCUGCUACUUCUGCAUCUGGAAAGGAGUCAAGUCCACAGGCAAAGUUGUUUACUUCACUGCCACAUUUCCCUAUUUGAUGCUUUUUGUGUUGCUGAUUCAAGGGGUCACCCUGCCUGGUGCUGCUGAGGGGAUCACGUUCUACCUGAAGCCAGACAUUUCCAGGCUUACAGACCUACAAUUUGUCUGUGUUGAGAGCAUGGUGACGGCCAUUGUCGACAUGUACCCAAAAGUUCUCCAGAGGAAAGGGCACCGGGAGCUGCUGAUCCUGGCCAUUGCAGGCAUAUGCUACCUGCUUGGGCUGAUGCUAGUCACUGAGAUAAGAAGGGAAGUACAUGGUGGAGGAGAGGCAUAUGGACUUGUUUGGAGCAGUAUUAUCUGCAGCAAGUUUAUAUUUCACACUGUUAGUUAUUCUCUGUCUCUUUAGCUUAGUUUAUUAGCUGCUGCAUAUCAGAACCAGUAGUAGUUCUUUCUUAUAUAGUGCCAGGUGAGAUGCUGUCAUACUGUAUAGCUGAGCCUUCCUCUGGGGUAUGUCUCAGAGAGAA